CCCUUGUCAACUCCUUUGUCAAGCUUUCGGCGCCUCGCCUUUGGUUCGUUCAAAGCUACAGGGGAAGCGAGAAGCGCCGAGAAGCAGCAUCCUGGAAGGAGACCGAAAAAUUUCGAAGAGGGCACGCGUUCAAGGGAGCGAGCAACCUAUCCAUCGAGUCAUCAGGAUUUGUAUCGGUCCAUGGCACUGUACAGUACGGAACAAGGAUAUCCCUCACAUCCGCUCGACGACUAUCGACUAACUGCAUAUCUGUAUCGUUCUUCGAAACUGUAUUUAGGAAACCAUCUCAUCACGGUGGCAUUCCUCCCAUUCGAACGACAUGCCGUGGCAGGCGCUGAUCCCCUGUCUGCCAUGUUUCUUCAGAGGACAAUCGGAAGAGGUAGAGGUAGAGGACGAGAAUGCAGAGCGUCGACCCCUGUUCCCACCUCCCAACACUGUCCUCUCACCACCUCGUCGUCGACCCACACUACCACCUCUUCAACCUGAUUCUCUACCCAGUGCAUCCGAUACAGCGCUCGUAUCGUCUACUCGUACUACCACACCUGCACGGCUCAGUGCAGUUGGAAGAGGUUGGUCUAGUCCCGGCUUGAGCUCAAAAAGUAGAGAAAGAUUAGGAAGUAUAUCAAGAGCUUAUCAGGGCCGAAUGCACCGGUUGACUCAACAUAGUCAACCCACUACACCUAGCGCUGAACAGUCCCUCUAUCAUCCCCGAGCUCCAUCUACAGCCUCCUCUGCACUAUCCGCUGCUCUGUCGCCUAGGCGUCAAAACCAUUCUUUCCGCCACACGACACCUUCAUCUCCCGCUGGACCCAGCAUGCCGGGUGAUGAUGACUCUCGAGGAUAUAUCGGCAACGUGAACAGCCUUGCAUCGCCACGACUCCCUCAAGCUGACCAUCACCUCCUCGGUCGGAGCGUUUCGGAACCUCGAAGUCUGAGCCACAUGGCUCAAGACGACCCUUCACAAGCUCUCUUCGCUCAUCAUCAGUUGCCGGGCACUGGAGGUGGUACGGGGUUCGUCGCCAGAGGUCGUCCGCGGAGCGCCACGACGGUCGACAGGCUAUCUCCGUUACCUAGGACCAAGCACUACGAACAGGUCAUUACGACAGACGAAGAGGAUGUGGCUGAGAAUCAAUCCUCGACCACGGAGGCGCAUCAAAGCCGAGCUGGAUAUCAUCAAAGCAGUUGGAGUCUGUACGUCGGCCGUCAUCGUCAGGCAGAUGCUCAAUCCCUGGAACGCAGUGCAAGCUUACCGAGCGAGAUUGAUCGCAUGCUUCAAGAGGAUGGAGAUAUCGUUGAUCGACCUACCAGGCAAGAUGAGAGGGAUCGUGAAGUUGUCAGAAUGAACCUUGGCCUGGAAGGUCUGGGGACAGCGGCGGCCACAUCGAGUCGACGGGCGAAGAGGCGUGAACACGUCAAAGGACGAAAGGGGAGAUAA